UAGCUUACGCCAACGGCGUCUGGCGUCCAUUUGUCAACACAGCGAUGCUGCCACCAGCUCACCUGUGCACUCAGUCUUUGACCACCAGCUCACCUGUGCACUCAGUCUUUGACCACCAGCUCACCUGUGCACUCAGUCUUUGACUACCAGCUCACCUGUGCACUCAGUCUUUGACCUCCAGCUCACCUGUGCACUCAGUCUUUGACCACCAGCUCACCUGUGCACUCAGUCUUUGACCACCAGCUCACCUGUGCACUCAGUCUUUGACCACCAGCUCACCUGUGCACUCAGUCUUUGACUACCAGCUCACCUGUGCACUCAGUCUUUGACCUCCAGCUCACCUGUGCACUCAGUCUUUGACCACCAGCUCACCUGUGCACUCAGUCUUUGACCACCAGCUCACCUGUGAACUCAGUCUUUGACCACCAGCUAACCUGUGAACUCAGUCUUUGACCACCAGCUCACCUGUGCACUCAGUCUUUGACCACCAGCUCACCUGUUCACUCAGUGUUUAACCACCAGCUCACCUGUGAACUCAGUCUUUGACCACCAGCUCACUUGUGCACUCAGUCUUUGACCACCAGCUCACCUGUUCACUCAGUGUUUAACCACCAGCUCACCUGUGCACUCAGUCUUUGACCACCAGCUCACCUGUGCACUCAGUCUUUGACCACCAGCUCACCUGAGAACUCAGUCUUUGACCACCAGCUCACCUGUGAACUCAGUCUUUGACCACCAGCUCACCUGUGCACUCAGUGUUUGACCACCAGCUCACCUGUGCACUCAGUCUUUGGCAUCUGCGCAACACGAAGACGCGACGCGUUGAUUUGACAGGUUUCUCGCGUAGCUAAGUUACAACACUACUCAAGAGUCCGCUACCCCGGAUGUUAGCAUGCUACCUGUUCACCGGCUUGUGCAUUUGCUCUGCAGACCAUCAAAGCAGACCGACAGGAAUAGCACGUUUCACCUUGUGAUUUAAAUCUAUGAAUUUCUCACCUCGUCAAUGAAAGAAGGAUGGGACAUGUUGCACUUGAAUGUUACACAAGUCCAUACACCGUCAAACAGACAAUAUAUCCAGCCAUGGACAUGGACAGUGCCAGUUCAGUGGUGCUGCAGGCAUUAACUCAAGCCACCAGUCAGGACACAGCUGUGCUGAAGCCUGCGGAGGAGCAGCUCCGACAGUGGGAGACCCAGCCAGGCUUCUACUCAGUCCUUCUGAAUAUCUUCAAUAACCACAUGCUGGAUGUGAACGUUAGGUGGCUGGCUGUGCUGUACUUCAAAAAUGGCAUUGACAGAUACUGGAGGAGAGUAGCACCUCAUGCAUUAUCAGAAGAAGAGAAGACAUCAUUGCGUGCUGGUCUCAUCACAAACUUCAAUGAGCCCAUCAAUCAGAUAGCGACACAGAUCGCAGUACUGAUAGCCAAGGUGGCCCGUCUGGACUGCCCUAGGCAAUGGCCAGAGCUCAUACCAAUUCUCCUCGAGUCAGUGAAGGGUCAGGAUGGCCUGCAGCAGCACAGAGCCCUGCUCACCUUCUAUCACGUCACCAAAACACUCGCAUCCAAACGUCUGGCGCAAGACAGGCGGCUCUUCCAGGAUCUGGCCUCGGGCAUCUACAGCUUUGCCUGCUCCCUGUGGAGCCACCACACCGACUGCUUCCUGCAACAGAUCUAUGCCAGAGAGGAGGCUGCAGCGCUCAGCUCACUGGAGAGGACACUGCUCUCACUUAAAGUAAUUCGGAAGUUGACAGUCCACGGAUUUCAAGAACCACAACAGAAUAUGGAAGUGAUGGGUUUCCUGAAUGCAGUGUUUGAAAGGCUAAAACAGUUCUUGGAAUGCUGCCGACAGGUUGGUCCAGAUAGUACAUGCAGAGAAAAACUGGAGAAGACGAUCAUACUGUACACUAAAGUUUUGUUAGACUUCCUGCAGUACCAUCCAUGUGCAUUCAUACCCCUAAUCCAACGCUCCCUGGAAUUUGCCGUCAGCUACAUUUUCACACCUGCAGGGGAAGGAGUGACCUUUGAACGCUUCAUUGUCCAGUGCAUGAACCUCAUCAAGAUGAUUGUAAAGAACGAUGCCUACAAACCUGCCAAGAACAUUGAAGACAGUAAACCAGAGAGUCUGGAGGCUCAAAAGAUCAAGACAGCAUUCUUCACACACCCCACGCUGACAGAGAUUGGACGCCGGCUCGUCUCACACUACUUCCUUCUCACAGAGGAAGAGCUGGCAAUGUGGGAAGAGGACCCUGAGAGCUUUGCCGUUGAAGAAACAGGUGGCGACUCUUGGAAGUACAGUCUACGGCCUUGUACAGAAGUCUUGUUCCUGGAUAUCUUCCACAAUUACAGCCAGACACUGACACCAGUGCUGCUGGAAAUGGUUCAGAAUCUCCAGGGCCCAACCAAUGUGGAAGACCCCCUCCAACUGCUCAUGAAGGAUGCAGUGUACAACGCAGUGGGACUGGCAGCCUACGAACUGUUCGACAAUGUGGACUUUGACCAGUGGUUCAAGAAUCAGCUACUCGGAGAGCUGCAAGUCAACCAUCACAGGUACAAGUUGAUUCGUCGACGAGUCAUCUGGCUAAUAGGACAGUGGAUCUCUGUCAAGUUCAAAUCUGACCUUCGACCCUUACUAUAUGAGGUGAUCCUGAGCCUCAUGCAGGAUCCUGACUUGGUGGUGCGGAUUGAGACGGCUACAACCUUAAAGCUCACUGUCGAUGACUUUGAGUUCCGGACAGAACAAUUCCUCCCAUACCUGGAGUCUAUCUUUGGGCUGCUCUUCCAGUUGCUGCAGCAGGUGACGGAGUGCGACACAAAAAUGCAGGUGCUCCACGUCAUCUCCUGUGUCAUCGAGAGAGUAAACAUCCAGAUCCGGCCUUAUGUAGGUUGCCUGGUCCAGUACCUGCCCCUGCUCUGGAAGCAAUCUGAAGAACACAACAUGCUCCGAUGUGCCAUUCUCACUACACUUGUCCACCUGGUACAGGGCCUCGGAGCAGAGAGUAAGAACCUGUACCCUUUCCUCCUGCCUGUCAUCCAGCUGAGCACCGAUGUUUCCCAGCCGCCACAUGUGUAUUUGCUGGAGGAUGGACUGGAGCUUUGGUUUGUGACUUUGGAGAACAGCCCGGCUGUCACGCCAGAACUACUCAGAAUUUUCCAGAACAUGUCGGCUUUGUUGGAGUUGAGCUCCGAGAACCUGCGCACCUGCUUUCAGAUCGUCAACGCCUACUUAUACUUGUCUGCCACAGAGUUUCUGCAGAACUAUGCAGAAUCUUUGUGUCGAUCUUUCUGCGAUCUGCUCAAAGACAUCACGAAUGAGGGACAGGUCCAAGUGCUCAAGGUGGUAGAGGUAGCUUUAAAGGUUAGCCCCCUCCUGGGAGCCCACAUGUUCCAGCCCCUGCUGCCAGCUGUCUUCAGGGGCAUUGUGGACGGCGAGAGAUAUCCCGUGGUGAUGUCCACCUACCUCGGCAUCAUGGGCCGUGUCCUACUCCAGAAUUCCAGUUUCUUCUCCUCUCUGCUCACUCAAAUGGCCUCUGAGUGCAGCCAGGAGGUGGACCAGUUGCUGGGAAGUGUGAUAGAGAUGUGGGUCGACCGCAUGGACAAUAUCACUCAGCCUGAAAGGAGGAAGCUGUCGUCGCUGGCACUGCUUUCCCUUCUACCGUCUGACAACAGCGUGAUCCAGGACAAGUUCUGUGGCAUCAUCAACAUCAGCGUCGAGGCACUGCAUGAUGUAAUGACAGAGGACACCGAAACGGGCACCUUUAAAGACUGCAUGCUGAUGAGUCAUUUUGAGGAGCCCAAGCUAAGUGAUGAUGAGGAGCCACCAACUGAGCAGGACAAGAGGAAGAAACUGUUGGCCCUGGAGGACCCAGUGCACAGCGUUUCUCUCCAGCAGUUUGUCUACGAGAAGCUGAAGGCGCAGCAGGCCCUGAUGGGGGACCAGGGCUUCGGGGUCCUGAUGGAGACCGUGGACACGGAGCUUGUCCGGCAGCUCCAGGAGUUCCUCCAAGGCCUCUGAAUCCACAAUCUGUCACUACCUUACACAUCAUCUUUGCCUAGUGCUACCCCCCCCCCCCCCCCCCCCCCCCCCCCCCC